UCAUUGUUCGCCGAAUUUUUAUGGCACUAAAAUGGCACUGGAAUGUUGUGUAGCUCAAUGGAUUGUCUUGCUAUUCCGGUGUCAAGAUAUUUCUUUCACUCUUUUAAUGAUUCAUCAAGAAUCGUUCCCAUGCUAACAAGUUCUUUCUUCCUAUCUACCAUCGCUUUCCUUCCUAAGCAAUAUCUAUCUUAUUCCUAGAAGGAGUGUUGUCACCUUACUCGUACUAGCUAAGCCGUGCACCGAGAGAGAUUGCUUUCAAGAUGGCUGACGGGCAAAUCCAAGAUGUGUACGAGGGCAUGGAUGGCUACAUUAAGGCCACUCACUGGUCAAAGCCAUAUUAUUCUAACCAUUACCAUGAAAACCCGUCGUCGAACCCUAGAAUGCUCGACCAUGUCAAUUGCAGCUACUUGUCUACCCCUGGCCGACCGCCAACGCUAGAAGCUCUAAAGCAGCACGCUCAGUCUCUAACUUACUUGAUAUCGACCAUUGCACCGAAUACCAUAGGAGCUGAGGUCGACAAUGAGAAUCUUCCCCAGCAAGAUGAACAAGGACGGAAGAUACAGCGGGACACGUUUCCAAGACACCAAGCUUAUGACUGGUUGAACAACUUGCAGGUUCCCUAUGAUAAUAUCGACAAGGCCCACCGAAUGCCACUAAAUAGUUUAGUCAACUUGGUGAAGCGGAAUAGCGACGAGGAAGGCGUUGUAUUCCACUGCCCACUGACCGAGACUGACCUUAAAAUGGUCGAGGACGAUUUUCAUCAGCUAGUCCGCCCCUUUCAAACUCAUAUGACAUUGCUCAUGCACGCCAACGAGUGUCUCGAGAGACUCGACCAUGAGUACUCGGCCAUGGGUGGGAUACUCGGAAUCAUUCCUACUGACAAGGACGAAGUAGUCGACCACCCAGAGCUAGAUGGCGUAAAAUUAACCUUGGUCGGACAGUGGCUCUUGCACACACAACAACUCAUGUGUCGCAUGCAUGAACUUGAGAUCUCCUACGCCAAUGCGAUGGAUCUUCUUGCGAGCGAGGCUAUCGUUCCGGCGCAACACUUGAGCGUACAAGGCCCAGACGGACGGUCUGGUAGAGAAAUCGUGUUCCCGCAGGAUCGCUGGAUAUUGGCCAACGCGGGAGAGGAUGUUUUUACUUUUAUCCAUCAGAUGCUCGACAAGAGCGAAGCAAAGGGCGUUGCACGAGAUCGCCAGUGGAUCAACCGACACGUAGUUGGAGAAGCCCUACGGGAUAGAGACGGAGAACAGGACUACCUCCGGGGUAUCGCCCACGUCGACCUCGAGACUAGAUUUUACAGAUUAAGAGGUAGCGGCCACGGCCCCAUAUUCGUCCUCCCGGCUUUCUCGGACCGCCCCAACACGGCAUACACCAAAGAGAUAGAAAACCGGCCGACGGUAGUUACGAUCCCAGCACCGUCAAACCCAGACCGGACUUCGGCCUGGGAUAGGAGGCACAGAGACAUGGAAAAGAAGAUCAAAGAGCUAGGGAACGAGGUCUCCCGUCUAACUAUUAACAAAGCCGACCUCGAAAGCGCCACUAAGAUACAAGAACGGGAACUAGGGAGGCUAAACCAUCUCAACAGGAUCUACGAAGAGGCUCAAGGCGAGGACGCGGCCAAGACGUCGGAAAGGAUAGCAGCGAUCGAGACGGAAAGAGACGCCCUCCGAGUCAAGUUCGAAGAGGGCGCCGCAGAACGCAAUAAACUGCUUGCAGAGCUGGCCGAGUACAAACGGGGACGACAGCAGGCGCAGGUCAAGGUUCCCGCGGGAGCUACCCAGACCGAGGACGGCGGCUACCUUAUACCCCAGCCUCUGCUCGAGCGGUACGAAGAACGCACGACGGUGAUGGCUGACGCGAAGGCUGGGGUCGAGCGGGUCAGAAGUGUACUGGAGCAGCUUGCUCAGAAGGGGCAGAUAAGCCGGGAAGAGUUUGGCUGGAUGGAGCAGAUUGCUAACUGUAAUUGAUCCGGACUAUGUAGGUAUAUAGCUCUCCGGGGAAGGGGGGAGGGGGAGGGAGUUGGAUUGCGAGCAUUUGGUCACGACAUUUCCGGUUGUUAG